UGGUGAGAAGAUCGUUUGUGUGGUUUUUUUCUUUUCAACCGCAGCCAGAAAAUGUCCUCCACAACGAACGCUGAAGUGCCGUAUUUUACGAACGCCGAAACCGGGUACGUUCCGGCAAAGUUGGGUCAUCGUACCGAUGCCGGAACCAAUCCACUCCGGUUGCUUGGGUUCGUGCUGAACCACGUCAUCCCGGAUACGGUGCGGUUUCUCGUGCGCUUGGUUCCGUUGAUCCUGCAUGGCCUGGUGUCGCUGGUUUUGCCCGCCCAGCGUAAAUCCGUCCGUGGCCAAACGGCACUCGUGACGGGUGGAGCUAAUGGGCUUGGUCGAGCGUUGUGUCUUCGGCUGGCGCAGGAAGGUUGCAACGUGGCCGUGGUCGAUAUUGAUCUAGCGAGUGCCCAAAGGACUGUGGAGGACGUUCGACAGCUUGGUGUAAAAGCGGAACCCUUUCUGGCUGACAUUUCGGACUACGAAGCCGUCGAGCGGUUGCGAGAGGAUGUCGAGACCCGGCUUGGGCCGGUUGAUGUGCUGGUUAACAACGCUGGUCUGCUGGCGGUGUUGUCGUUGAGUGAAGGCAAACCUGCUGAUCUGGAGCGCAUCAUUGGCGUUAAUUUGCUGUCGCACUUUUGGACGAUACGCGCCUUUAUGCCGGGCAUGAUCACCAGGCACCGUGGGCACAUCGUCGGGAUCGCCUCGAUCGCGGCCUAUUUUCCGGUGGGUCGCUUUAUUCCUUACACCGUCACGAAGUACGCCGUGAGAGCGCUGAUGGAGUCACUAAGCAGUGAGCUGCAAAUGGAUGGGCUGCAGGACAGCGUACAGACAACGUGCGUGUAUCCGGCGUUGAUCGCGACACGCCAGCAGUUUAUGGACAUGCUUGAUAAGCUGAACUUUCUGAAACGGUUCUACGUCUUCACACCACAACAAGUGGCCGAGCAAGUGGUCCAGGGCGUCCUCACCAACAAGCGCGAGGUGUUUGUUCCCUCAUUCAUUGCGUUUUUAAGCAAGCAGUUCGAGUGUUUACCGGCGAACCUGCGGCACCUGAUCGUGUCCUGCAUGAUGCGAGGCAAAAUACCGAAGCUGACGACCCGCACCACUAAUGGCCCCACGAAACCUUGAGCCAGUGCCGUCCAUUUUCCACCGUUCGAAGUGCAUCCGAAAUAAAUAGCAAAUUGCGCGCGAGUGCCAAGCGACGUUUCGUCCCCACCAAACCACCUGUUGCGAACCACCGAAUUAGUCAAUAAAGCAUGCGAAAGAGAGAGUGAAAGAGAGAGAGAAUGAGAGAGAAAAAAAACCUCCACAACACGCAACAAACCCCAAAACGAAUCGUUAAUAAUUCACCAUCCGAGCGAAAUGUGAUUGACUUUGCGAUUGUGCAAACGGCGGGCUCAAACUUGACCCACUGGCUUCGGUGCAAGUUGGGGCAUUGAUGUGUCCGCGAGAUGUUGUUGUAGCACGUUUUUCUUUGUAUGUUCUAUCUUUGCUCGAUUUUGCAGACCAUUCGCACCUUCAUCGAGGGCAUGAAACAACGCCGGCGAGGAUGCAUUCUGGCCGUCAGCUCGAUACUAGGUUACAUUCCGAUGCCUCGGACCGUUUCCUACGUUUCCACGAAGUUUGGCGUGCGUGGUAUGAUGCAAGCCCUUAGCCGGGAGCUGUCGAUCGAUGGCUUCGGGGAGGCAGUUACGACGACCACAC